AUGCCACGCCUAUCGUGCCGACGCGCGCUCGAGCUCAAAACAGAGCUGCACGAGACAAGGGCAGAGGUGAUCACUCCAUCGGACGAGACGUUCGCGGAGCGUGUCCACUGUCUCGAGUUAUCCUCGAAAGAGGCCGGUGCCAUCGUCCAGGCCACCACCACCGACGAGGUAUCGAGGGUCAUUAGUUAUGCUACCAAGCAUCGCAUUCCCGUCGUGGUGCAUGGCGGGGCAUAUGCGACCGGUGAAACGUCAUCUACCGAGGGAGGAAUUAUCAUCAGUCUAGCACGAAUGGCUAAGGUGGUGGUUGAUCCGGCUUCGCGGACACUGGCAGCCCAGGGCGGCGCGAGGUGGGAAGAUAUCGAUCGGGUUGCGGCUGCUUCUGGUCUUAGCAUUGUUGAACACGCAAUGCAUACGUCUGGAGAUGCAGACAUUGCCUCCAGGGAAGGAUAUGGCUGGAUGGAUGGUCGUCAUGGCUCGGUCAUUGACAAUCUAGUCAGUGUCAAACUGGUCUUGGCGGAUGGAAGGAUUGUCACGGCGUCUGAUGAGGAGAGUCCCGAUCUGUUUUGGGCUGUGCGCGAAGCUGGACACGUCUUUGGUCUCGCCACCGAGUUGGUCUUUAGAGCGUAUCCAAACAAAAGCCAUGAAGGGCUUGGUGGCCAGGCAAAAGGUCAAGAAGUCGACCUACAUGAUGGUGAUGAAUGGCUACGGCUGCAGAAGUUGAAGCGACAAUAUGAUCCUGAUGGUGUGUUUGGCAGAUGGGAAGAUAGUGCGCCGACUACGAGUGGCGAUAUCCUUUAG